UGACAGUUCAAACAUAAACACGAGCCAUUGUCAAAACACAUAUGAUCCGUGUUUAGUAACGAGGCGAUUGUCGUGUGCGUUGAUCACACAUGUCCAGUUUGUUUGUUAUUCAAAGCCAGGUUUGUUCCGCACAUUUGAAUGUAUGGCAAACGGUAUCAUGAAAACAAUCGUUGGAAAGUUGGUGAUUUUGGGAGACGGAGGCGUUGGGAAGACAAGCUUGAUUACCAGAUACACGCAGAAAGCUUUCAACUUGAACAUCUCAUCAACAAUCGGAGCUUCGUUUUUUACGUGCAAAACUAACAUCGACAAUGCCAUUGUUAGGCUGCAGAUUUGGGAUACGGCUGGACAAGAGCGUUUCAAAGCUAUGACUCCGAUGUUCUAUCGAAAUGCGAACGCUGCACUUUUAGUGUUUGAUAUUACCUGUUUAGAUUCAUUCGGGAACAUGCAAACUUGGGCGCAACAGUUGAAAGGAAACGUGGUGGAGCCGAUGGUGCUCUGCGUGAUUGGAAAUAAAAUAGAUUUAAGCGAGAAUCGAGUGGUGUCCCGGGAAGAGGCUCUUCAGUACGCCAACUCAAUAGGCGCUCAGUACUUCGAAUGCUCGGCGAAAGAAGAUCAGGGAAUAGGUCAAGUCUUCGAAACGAUCAGCAGGGAUCUAAUUCGAUUAUCAAGCGAUUCCUCCGUGAAAUCUUUGAAGGUUUACGAAGGAGACGUGGAAUCGGCGCUGAUGGCACGUUCGACCGAUCUUGAAGCGACGGACGUAGGCAGAAUCGAAGAGCCCGGUAUUUCCAUUGACUCAAUUGCACAUGCCAAAACCGUGCCUUCAAAAUGCUGUUAUUGAACGUGCAGACAACUGGACCAUAUAAGAAUGACUUAAUCGGUGCUUUUUUAUUUUAAAUAGACGAGUAUUACUUACUUAGUACGCUCAAAUAUUGGAUAGGAUAGGAUACAACAUAAAACACGCGUGAUCCAACUUAUGUGAUAUUAUCCUUGUUUAUUUCUUUUUAUUGUUAGUUUAUAUAGAGAAUUAUUUUAUAUCUUUAUACAUGUACAGUAUGUAAAAUAAUGAAAAUGGAUGCUCAAAAUUUGCGUCGUUCGUGGUUAGAUAUCAUUUGUAUGGAGAGUAAUUUUUUUACGAUAAAAAAUAAUGUAAUUUGACUACUAGACUGAAAUUUAUAUCGUUUCAAUAAAUAUAAUAAAUUUAUUUUUUUUAAA